UCGGCGAGCUUUAGUUAGAGCAGUGUCGCCUUACGGUUAGUACGAUUUAGUUAGGACCCUGUGUGCUUUUGGCUGUAUAGUUCCUGUACGUUAAUAAAAAUUUAUACCUAUAUACAUAUAUACACACACAUGUUUAUAGAAUAUUAUAGCCAGUAAAACUUCCGGAACAAAAAGCGGCUUGCGUAGGCUUUGUGCUGUCGUCGAAAAUCUCGGUGUUGCAAUUUUAACGAAGCUGAAGGAAGAUCUCAAUUAAAGGGCCAGGCACCUAGAGGGAAGGAGCCUGUUCACAGGACAGGGCAGGCGAUCUCUCGCGAAGGUGAAGUGUGCCGAGAAGAACGGGAAGAAAGAAGAUCCUUCGAGAAAGAAGAUCGGAAGUGUUUAAUUUUGGCUUCAUACAGUGUGUGCUCCUUCGGGACCCCGCGUGAUCCCGGAAAUUAUCGUGUGAAGUAUAAUCAAACUACGGAACACAACAGUCAAGGCACGGCACCGUCGUCGGGAAGCCCGAAGCAGAACAAAGGAAAAUUAAGCAGAACUGACAGAAACAUUUAAUUUUAUUUCGAUAUCCUUCGCUCCUUUUGUGUUCCCGAUAUCGCCCGUCUCCGGCUCCAUUCUGUGGUUCUGUGUGUCUGUCUCUCCAUCCGGUAGCUCCACGCGAGGAGGAGAGCCUUCCGUUCAUUUAUUUUCGCUUUUUUCGGUGAUUUAGUUAUUAUAGGCGUCUCUACUGGCCUCUGCCUUCCGGUCGACCUGGUAAAAAAGAAGAACUAAGGCGAGGGUGGAAGUGCUAGUGCUGCUCUACCUAUCUCCCCCGGUAUAUCUAUCUACUGGCCGCACUGUUCGCGUGUGUGUGUCUGCCAAAAGAUAAUUUCGCCAUUCGCGCAAAAAUAGUGGAAAAACCUCAACCGUCUGCUUGGCUAGUUGGCUCGGAACGUCAAUAUUGCGCUUUGCGAAGCGAAUUGGAACAGCACGAAGAAGCGGUCUCCGCCGAGUCAAACUCGUUUUUCCGCUUGAAGUGAAACCCGCAGGGAAAGCCGACAAGGAACGAUCAUAAAAAGAAGUAAAAAGGGCGUAUAAUAAAAGAAACUAGAGUACAUAAAAUAUCAUAGCACGACCCUGUGCAGCGCCACACUGUGAAGGCGCGCUCCUGAGUCGUAAAAAAAGGGGGCAGGCCCCUCGGCGCUAACAACAACAAACACAAGAAGAACAAAACGAAGAAGCCGCGGUUUAUCCCUUGGAAAAGCUCAAACAACGGGAUCCAAGGAAGCCAGUGUCUGCAAACCAUCAUCGCCUCCUGCGACGACUUGAAAGUAAAACCAGGACAUUCGCCUCCCCUGUGCGCCCGCUCCCCACAUUCCGGCUCCGUAGAACACACAUUCGCGCGAGCCCAAGCGCCGCAUCUCUGAAAACCGUGCAUAUCGUGCUGAGAUAUUAUUUACAUUUCAUUUCAUUUUAAUAGCUUCACUCUCGGGAAGUGAACCAACACAGUGUGUGAAGUGAAGGAAGAAAUCGUCCCUCGGCGGUAGUGUUUGUGCGCGUUGUUUAGAAAUAAUUACGGCUAUCCCAGUUGAAAGGAAGAAAAAGACGAGCAAGUAACUGUUGCAAAAACUCCAUUCUGGUGCGAUAUCAUCAAAAGUCAAUUAAGUCCAUCGUCAACGAGUGCUAGUCAAUUUCCCCCUUAAGACAAACAAACAGACCCGGUUACCCUACGUGCUGUACCCUAAGAUGUUGGCCAUGUCCACGCUGAUGAUGCCCGCACCAACGAUGGCCCUGAGUGCCGCCCCGCAGUUGACCGUGGGACCUCACAAACCCCCGGAAACGAAACUGCUCACGAUUCACCCGGCCCAUUCGGCUCAAUCGCAAACAACUCCGCAGCAUCAGUUGCACCAGCAGCACCAGCAGCAGCAACAGCAAGCUCAACAGCAACAGCAGCAGCAGCAAGUUGCAGCCCAGCAGCAGGCCGCCGCCGCCGCCGUUCAACAACAGCAGGCGGCAGCGGCUCAGCAGCAGGCGCAGCAACAACAGCAAUUGCAGCAGCAGCUGGCCGCCACCGUCAAGCAGGAAAUGUCCUCGUCGUACCACUGGCAUCUGCCCCCGGCAAGCAGUGGAAACGCAGUCGUCAAGAUGCCCUGGAAGACGUCCUCGAUGACGGCAACGGCAGCGGCAACAACGACGACGGCGGGCAUGGGCAUCACGACGACGGUGCGACACCACGGUUCCAAUGAGAACUUAGAGCAUUAUCACAUAUUUGUCGGCGAUCUCAGUCCGGAAAUCGAAACGCAGACACUGAAAGAUGCCUUCGCUCCUUUUGGGGAUAUAUCAGAUUGCCGCGUGGUCCGGGAUCCACAGACGCUGAAAUCCAAAGGCUACGGCUUUGUGUCGUUCGUGAAGAAAUCGGAAGCGGAGAAUGCAAUUGCUGCCAUGAAUGGACAAUGGCUCGGAUCGAGAUCCAUUAGGACAAACUGGGCCACCAGAAAACCCCCGGCAACCAAGGCAGAGUUGAACGCCAAGCCGCUCACCUUCGACGAGGUCUACAACCAGAGCAGUCCAACCAACUGUACCGUGUACUGCGGAGGAGUCGGCGGAACCCUGGCCGGAGGAUUGAGCGAAGAGAUCCUGCAGAAGACGUUCUCUCCGUUCGGGACCAUUCAGGAGAUCCGCGUCUUCAAGGACAAGGGAUAUGCUUUUGUGAGAUUCUCGACCAAGGAAGCCGCCACCCAUGCCAUCGUCGCCGUACACAACUCGGAAAUCAACGCUCAAACGGUCAAAUGCUCCUGGGGUAAGGAAAGUGGCGACCCGAACAAUGCUCCGUCGCUGGCGAGUCAAGCCCUGAGCCAGGCUGGAUUCCCCUUCAACACGGCUUACGGCCAGCAGGUUGCGGGCUACUGGUAUCCACCUGCUCCGACCUAUCCGACGACGCCAGCUCCGGCCGCUGCCCCGCUACAGAGCCAGUUCCUACAGGGCAUGCAGGGCUACACGUACGGACAGUUCGCCGGCUACCAGCAGGGUUAUAUGGGAAUGGGCAUGCAGCUGCCAGGAGCCUGGCCUGGUGUCCCGACUCAAGCGCAGAUCCCUGCCACCGCUCAGCAACUGGCACAGGCCGGCGUCGGAGGAGCCCUUCCACAGGCUGCCGGUGUCGUCGCCUACCCGAUGCAGCAAUUCCAGUUAGCUGACGAUGAAUGGCUAGCGCCCAGCCUUCUAGUGUAGCUCCCUUGAUGGCCAUCGUCACUGUGCGGCUGUGCGGUGCCACAGCACAAGUAGAGCUCCCUCCCCUCCCUUCUGAUUCCGCAGAUCAAUCAGUCAGUCAAGCAAACCCAAAUUCCGUGUUCCUUCAUGACCACGUCGCGCAAUUUGGCACGGCCAUCACCAACGGUGGGAGGAUCGCAAACCAAAAAAAACAAAAAUCAAACAAUGAAACAAAGCCUCUCAGUGCUGAGUCCACAGAGGGCACCACUAGUUUUAUCUCGCAUUUUCCGGUCGAUAGUCCGAGCGAAAAUGGCAAAAGUAGGCGCGUUGAAACAAGCGACGUUAUUGAAGCGAUUUGUGAAAACAAAACUUAAAGUAUUACACAUACACUGAGAAAAAAAGGUUGGUGAUUGUACCAAGAAAAAAAAUAACAAAAAAAAAUAAAACACAAACACACACAUGGCAUAUAAGAAAAUUGACAUAAUUGGUAAGACAUACCCUUAGAUAGUAACAAUGAAAGAAGCAGCGUUAACGACGUUUGUAAAUAUAAUAUUGGAAUUAAAUGAAGAGAAAGAGGUGAGAAACCUGCUUAAAUCAUGUGAGAGAAAGCGAAUUGUAGACAGGUAAGACAUGCAGCAAUUGGAAAAUAUUCACACAUAUUAGAAACACAUGCAGCUCUGAAUCGUCCAGCGAAGUGAAAGAGAAACAACCCAAACCGAAUCAAAGUCGGAAGCGCACUUUUCGAAUCAUUUGUUUGUAUCCGCAAAACAGUCGUCUAGUAAGUCCAUCUCACGAUCACACAAAGUAUUAGACCGUUUAUUUUACGACUUGCGUGUUUUUCGAGUCGCUCUAUUUUCGGAGGUUUUUAUAACGAAAUCAAAACUAACGGAACGAAAGAGUUAUUUUUCGAUAUGAUUGUUUCAAACCAGUAUGAUUGUUGAAUCAAACGACAAAACCAUAGUGCAAAAAUACCGUAUUUUAGUACAAUCAAUCGUUUUUCUUUUCGAAUUCUAUUUUUUCUAUUUACUUUUUUGCCAAUGAAGACAACCAAACUUAGAAACAGAUUGCGGUACAUCCGGUUUUAGCGAAUAGAAGGAGAAACACAUCACAACGUAUGAGAAUUGGGCAAGAAUUUCGCGCUCUCUCUUCACACUUGCACAUAAAACGUACAUGGAUAUAAUACACUCUUAUACAUAUACAAGAACAAACAACAUAGAUAGGGAUUAUUUUAAAGAAGUACACGUGAAGGGAGGAUAAAUGCAAAUAACACAAAUUUACAGAAUUGAAAAGGCAAAUCAGUUGGGCCCUUUAUCUUUAAUCGCAGUAAACCACAAACCAGCAAACCAACUUACACAUACAACAAUAGCUGAUGGUAUGAAGAAUGCCACUAACACUACUUUAUUUAAGGAAUUGGGUCUCCGAGUGGAUCGCCCGCUAAAAAAACAACCAAACCACAAUGUUAGUGAGUAGAGAAAGUAUUAACAAACCAUCUUAAACGAACAAGCAAGCAAGUAAACCUUAACCAAUAAAACAAAAUCAAACAAACAACAUUUAACACAAACACACCCAUGCAUACGCCACGAAGCAAUUACCUAGAAAAGAUGAAAUGAAGAAAAAACAUACAAUUAACUUUAUUGGAAGCUAUGGACAAACUAUGUUCGAAGCACACUCACACACUAACUUGAAAUACUACAUUUAUAAACAAGGGAAGAAACCAUGGAAAUACGUUGAACAGUAGUAGUCAAUACUAAACAUAAUCUUGUAGAUCGUAGUAGGCGCACAUAAUUUUAGUGUAAUUCUUUUUUGAAACCCGUUCAUUGAAUGCUUCGUCGUCGUGUGGAAACCCCGUGCGAGGACUUUGAUUUGUGAGACGAUGUUAGAGCCGACCAAAACCCGUUCGUAUGACGCGACACGACACUGUGUUGUAUUCGACCUUCUUCCAGAACCCCUUAAAACUCUACCCCCCUACCCCUAUGCCCCCUCGUUCAACAGUAGUGUCUAAUGAAAACUAGUUGUGUUGUUAGUGAGUAACUGCUUUGUUACAUCCUACCCGGUGAACCUGUCUAAGAAACAUGAAAUCACGCCAAAACGGUUCGAUCUUUGAUGGUAGUAGUGAAGUGUGCUGUUGCUCUCCGCAGAGCUCAAUCUCCCCCCGUUUUUUUCAGUUCUGUCGAUUUUUGUCGACAGGGGAACCGUUCCUCAGUUGACACAAUCGUUUUGUAUGUUCAAAAUCGCGCAAAGUAGGCACCGUCUUUCUUCCUAUCUGGUUGGACGGAACACGUCAAAGUAGCCAUUGAUUUUCUGUAGGUUUGUAUAGAUGGAAGUGGAGAACCGCAAACUAGUAAAAUCAAUCCCAGCAACCGAGGAAGUUUUUUUGAGGCAGAGAAUAAUGCAAUCAAGUCUUCUAGUGGAACGAAAGAAAAAGAAGGAUAGUUAAAAACGAAAGAAGAGCGAUUGCUAGAUCGAGAAAGGGACGCUAGGAAAGUAAGUAAGACAGAAAACUAUUGAGAAUCACUCCCAGAUUUUUUGACAGGAGGCAACCAUAUCUUUAUAUAUACAUAUAGUCAGAACGGAAAAGAGUAUGGACACUAGAAAAAAAUCCAAUGGGUUAGGGCAGUGACCGGCAUUACACUAUAGCGAUUAGUUGGCCGCUAGGAAAGGCAAAACCAGUUUCCACCCGUUCCAAGCUCAGUUCCAGUUUUUUCCCUUAGCAGCAGCAACAACAACGGUGGCAUUUCUAUGAACGCACACUUACCCAGGCAGACAUUCACGAGAAAAAAAACAUUAACAGGUGGUAUGCGUUGAGAAGGUGAGCAAUGGUGGAAUACGAACAUGUGAAAUGAUUUUUUUUUUUUCAUGAAAAGAGACUCUUCUUCUUUUGUUCCUAUUGAGACGGCCAUAUUUGUAUUCUAAAUGAAUCUAUGACGAAAGGUCGAAAGACAAAACGAUGGAAGAACAAAAGGCCGAAGUUGUAAAAGUUCGAAACUAUUUUUUUACGAACAGAUAAUAUUUCAUGAAGCUGUGCUUAAGCCUAGGCUUUAGAGCCAAGAUACAAGGAUGAAAUACCUGUGUCUCAUUCUAAGAGAAAAGACAUUCGGACCUAUUGGAGUGUGCAUUAACUAGAAUGGAAUAGAAGAGAGAAUUUCGCAAGAAGCCUAUCGCUUUCAAAAUGUUGUCCUUUCAAGUUUUUAUCCUUCCGACGUUUUGUCUUUCUGAGUCUUGUUUCUGAACCAUUUUCACGACUUAAUAUUUUUAAAUAUUGUCCAAAAAUAGUUGUAAAUUAAUAACGAGAGCCUCUGUAUUCUGAAAUGAGAAUCAUUUUACAUGUUUGUAUUAAAAGAAAGCUCUGGAGUUGAAGCAAGUUGUCAGUGAAAGAGAUGUGUCUUUUCAGAAUUUUCAAAUUUGUUUUCUAGGCUCAACAGAUUUAUUGUUAUUUCAUUGCAAUCUUGGUGAAGGGAGAUUUUCGGAUCAACAAUCGCAACAACCAAUCUCUUGGUUGUUUGCAAAUAAGGUUAAUAAUCUUGCAGUUCUAAAAAAGUCCUCCGGGCGUCGAGCCAAGAAGUCCUACGAGCUUCGAGCUAGAGAUCCUCCGGACAUCGAGCCAGAAGUCCUCCGGGCUUCGAGCCAGAAGUCCUCCGAGCUUCGAGCCAAAAGUCCUCCGGGCUUCGAGCCAGAAGUCCUCCAGGAUUCGAGCCAGAAGUCCUCCGGGCUUCGAGCCAGAAGUCCUCCGGGCUUCGAACCAGAAGUCCUCCGGGCUUCGAACCAGAAGUCCUCCGGGCUUCGAACCAGAAGUCCUCCGGGCUUCGAACCAGAAGUCCUCCGGGCUUCGAACCAGAAGUCCUCCGGGCUUCAAGCCAGAAGUCCUCCGGGCUUCGAGCCCGAAGUCCUCUGGGCUUGGAGCCAGAAGUCCUCUGGGCUUCGAGCCAGAAGUCCUCUGGGCUUCGAGCUAGAAGUCCUCCGGGCUUCGAGCCAGAAGUCCUCCGGGCUUCGAGCCAGAAGUCCUCCGGGCUUCGAGCCAGAAGUCCUCCGUGCUUUGAGCCAGAAGUCCUUCGGGCUAAGAGCCCCUUCGGUGCUCCUAGCAUCGAACUAGAAACCCUCCGGGCUUCGAUCCAGAAGUCCUAAGAAUUGCUGUAAAAUCUUUCAAUGAUACUCAUUGUCAAGUCUGAUCCAACUCCAGAGAAUUCCCACUUCCACCAUCAUGCUAAGUACUUUUAAAUCGACUCAAUGCUGCACAAUUACGACAAAAAUCAAACAUGUAAAUAUGAAAUCAAAACUUGAGCUGUUAUUUAAAAGACCAGUAAUUAAAUGAACGAAACAAAACAGUAGCAUUACACCUAAAUCAAACAAAUGCCCGAUUAUGCAAUUCAAUUUUAAACAAAGUUUUGGUUGUGACAAGGGCGAAAGCCUAUCUAGCGAAAUCAGACGGAAACCGAAACUUUAGAUUGAAGAAUCAGAAUCAAAACUGUUUACUCGAAACGGCAAAUACUUAAUUAUAAAAAAGAACGUUGCUCUUCAUAAGUUUACUUUCAAAAGCACACAAAAAUCAAAACAGCCAAAACCAAGCCGGAAAUAAAUAAGAAAACUAAUUGUCAGACAUUUGGAAGGCGUUCAGAGCAUAAGCAAAUGCAUACAGACAUACACACACUUUGCAAAUGGCGUGAAUACUAGCUAAAAAGAAAGCAAACACAUGAUAAGAAAUAAAAGUAAAACAUAAACUUAAUUAAUGGCAAUCGAGAAUUGUUGUACUAUUGCAAUAAACUCAAAAUAUUUAAAAACGCAAAACGACAAACGAAACAUGAAAUAAUCAAUCAACAGAACUCAGCGUUGAUUUUCAGCAAUAAACGGAAAGACAGUCAAACGAGAAGCGAGCAAAACAAGAAGCAAGAAGAAACCUAAGGUUGCAGGAUCUAACCCUGGUAAUUAAAAAAAAUAUUACUCGAAACUGAAAAGCAUUAGAAAGCAACACAGUUCAAUCCCUUGUGUGAAUAUCCUGUUAUAUUAUUAUCGUUCCCCUGUGUUCCAGUCUCAAUCGUGUUAAGUUUUGGUUUUACCCUCUAGGAAAAAAAUACUACUAAUGCAAAGAACGAACAUUGCGAAUGAAAACUAAAACUCACAUAAAGUAAAAGAAGAAAGAAACACACAUACACACUCACACUUACUAUCCUGUGAUUUUAGCUGAAAUUAGUGCAAAAAAAAGUAAGAAUUGAAAAAAAAAUGAAAACAAGAAACUACUGUUGGCUGUUGUUUAGAACUACGUUCUUGUUUUCUAACUUUGAUUUACUUCGUUUCCGAAUGUUCGGUUUCUUCACGGAUUGGAUUCAAAAUCUAUCGACUGUUGUAUCAGCCUGUCACGUCCCGUUGCGUGGAAUGUUCGAGCCGCCAACUUUCCACAAUACCCUCUUCAUUCUCCUGUUGAGAUUCUUUUUUUUUUCGUUGACUUUCAUUUCUGUUUGACUUGUUUUACUUUGUUUCGUUCUCCGUUCUAAAACCCCCUUUGAGGCAAUUAUCAUUAAUGGAACAAAAUGUGGAUAAAUAUUUUUAAUGAAAUUAUAUUAAAGUGAAAAGUAAGGAAAAAUGAAAACACAUAGAUUAGUAAAAUGAAUAUAUUUAUAGUGUUAUACUUGAAAAUAACAACAUAACUGAUAUGAAAAUAUAAAUUUAUUAUAUAUACAUUAAACAAAAAAGGUAAAUAAACAAUAUAAUGAAAUAUAAUAUAUGAAUUGAAUGUAAGGCAUUUUUUACCAAGAAAAAAAAACAAGAAAAAGACAAAAAACCAAUAUAUAUACACAACACACAUAAAAUAUAUAUUACGAGCAUGGGAAUGGCAUAACAAACUGUGGAGUGGAAUUAUGGAAAAUAACGAAGUAAAUUUAAAUAAAUGAACAAAACCCAAAAUUGUGAAUAAGUAAAGGAAUUAUAUACAAGCAAAAAUUAAUUAUUUUGACGAAAGCAAAAUCGAAAAAACAUACUAUAUUUAUAACAAAACAAGUAAGUAAACAACCAAGUACAGUUAAAUGAGACCAUAGUCAAUAGCAUACAAUUAUUGCAGCAGCAAAACACGACAUGCAUAAGUCACAAAAACACACAGACAUUGAGCGGAAGGCUUUCUUUGUGUUACGAACACGGUUAGAAGAGAAUGCUUGUGAAAUGCUGUAGGAAAUCAACAGGAAAGCUUUGAAACUCAAGCACAAAGCAUUCAUUUUGACCAGCUUGAAACGAAAGAGAGCCGAAAGCAAAUAUUAAAAGGAGAAAACAAACCUAGCAAGUAAUAGAAACAAGUGAAUUAAACAAAAAAACAAGAAUAUUGAAUUAAGUGGGAAGACAAGAUAUUACAACAUUUGCACACUAUAGAUGUAGAAGCACCAAAAACAAAACACAAUGAAUAAGCAUAAAUGAAAUUGUUAUAAACCAAGAGGAAAAAAAGAUCAAUUUAAGGAAAAAAAACUAUCAUAGAGAAAAAUAACGCAGCAACCAAAAAGAAAAAUAAAGAGUCCCAAGUAAACCGAAGAAAAUCUUGUGAAAGACUUGGGUAAAAAACACAAAAAAACGAUAUUUAGUAGGCUGUGGUUUAUAAAGGGUGUUUUGUUUCAUCUUUUCUUCCAAGAAUGAGAAAAUAAAAUGCAAAAUUCGUCGGUGUGACCGGACAGCAUGUGCCCCUCCAAACUUCCGGGCUCACUAAGAGUAAAGAAAGAAAACCACAUACAAACAUAUAUUAAAACGAGAAAAAAAAUAAAAUGCAUUGCGCGAAAAGGCGCAAAAUACACAAAGGUUUCCAUUCGGCAAAACAAGCAGUGCGAGUUUUCUUUCUUUCCUCAGAGAAACAAAACGGCGGCACACAAAAAGCGAUGGAUCAAAGAAAAACUUUAAAAAAGAAACAAACCAAAUCAGAGGAGAGAACCCAUAGGAAAAGACAGAAUCUUAAACAUUUUGAUAGGGUUACUGAUAUUUUUUCCAAAAAAAAAAGUAUAUAUGAACCGUUUUUUUACCCAUUUUGAUAAAAUUUGAUAAAGCGAACAAAAAAUGAUGAGACAAAACAACGCCCCCAAGUAGCCAGACGAGGAUAUUAUUGAGUAGAAUAAAACAAAAAAAAAACAAGCACACAUAAAUCGAAAAUAUUUAAGCAAAAAAAAACAAAAACCACUUAAGAGAAGACAUGGUCGGGAAAAAAGAACAACGCAAAAACAUAUGUUUAAAAACAUAACCAGAAAAAAAUAAACAAAUAUUCGUUGAUAAAAAUGAGUGAAAAAUUUACAAAUUACUAUUAUUUAACCAAACAACAAAUAGAGCAGCGCAAACAGAGAUUGCAAACAAGCAUAAACAAAAAAAAUACACCGCCACUGAAAAGAUAUUUCCGAUAACAGAAAACAAAAA